CACAAAAGUGAAAUCAGUUGAGAAUCAAACAUCACCAGCAUCGGUUGGUGAUUUUAGUUCAACGGAAGAGGCAAGGCAUCGCAAAAUCUAAAUCAUUUGGUGGAAACGGAAAUAACAAGCGACGAAGGUCCUAGAGCAAUAUGUUUCGGAAGUGUUUAACAUCGCUGGUGCAAAACACUGUCAGUGUAGGCACCUUAACGCCCAAAGCUACAGAAUUCCUGAGACGUUCGGUGCAUAAUGGAUCUUUGGGACGACCACCAAAGAUUUUAAUUACGGGUGGCCUAGGCCAAUUGGGAAUUGAAUGUGCUAAACUUUUGAGAUCCCAAUAUGGUAAGAAUAAUGUCAUAUUAUCCGACAUUAUCAAGCCCAACGAUGCCAUCUGUGAAAGUGGCCCAUAUAUCUUUGCUGAUAUUUUGGAUUUCAAAGGUUUACAAAAAAUUGUUGUAGACCAUCAAGUUGAUUGGUUGAUACACUUCUCCGCUUUGUUGUCAGCAGUUGGUGAGCAAAAUGUACCUUUAGCUGUGAAAGUCAACAUAGAAGGUGUUCAUAAUGUUAUCGAGCUGGCUAAGCAAUACAAAUUGCGCAUAUUUGUGCCAUCCACGAUUGGUGCCUUUGGUCCCGACAGUCCCAGGAAUCCAACACCAAAUGUUACAAUUCAAAGACCGCACACCAUUUAUGGAGUAGCUAAAGUUCAUGCUGAACUGAUUGGAGAGUAUUAUUAUCAUAAGUUUGGUUUAGAUUUUAGAUGCCUGCGUUUCCCCGGUGUUAUCUCUAGUGAUCCACCAGGCGGUGGUACUACAGAUUAUGCCGUAGCCAUAUUCCAUGAGGCUUUAAGAACUGGAAAAUAUACUUGCUACUUGCGACCUGAUACACGUUUACCCAUGAUGUACAUUGAGGAUUGCCUUAGAUCCCUUUUGGAAUUUAUGCGUGCUCCAUCGGAACAAUUAAAACGCCGCGUUUACAAUGUAACUGCCAUGUCCUUUACACCCGAAGAAUUGGCUUACAAACUUAGCAAAUAUGUUCCAAAUUUGCAUGUUACCUACCAGCCCGAUAGCAGACAACAAAUCGCCGAUUCCUGGCCAGAAGUUUUCGAUGACAGUGAAGCUCGCCGUGAUUGGAACUGGCAGCAUAAAUAUGAUUUGGACGGACUAGUUGAUUAUAUGGUUAAAGAUGUGCAAGAAAAUUAUAUAAAUGUUGAAAACGGCCAAAGAAGAGCAUCAGCUAAAAUUUAAUUGACCCUUUAAAUAUUUUUGAAUUUGUUUUCUGUUUUUUUUUUUUUUUUUUAAUUAAACUAAGUAUUUGUAGUCUGAACAGAGUUUGAAGUAUGUUAUACACAAGUACCAUAUAUGGAAAGUACACUGUGUUUUUAUGCAUUUCGAAUAUACAAAUGAAACAAUUUUAUAUUAAUAAGCAUUUAUGAUUGUUUAGCAUAUCUAACUGUUUUAAAGCAUAGAUUAACAUACAUAUGUUUAAUUAAUAAGUUAUAUAUUUUCCAAAAAUUAAGAUAUUGCAUUUCGUAAAGACAAACAGAUUUUCAAUCCAAGGCAGCCGGUUGUACGUACCGGAUUGUCCCGAUGAAGUCCUUCAUCUGCAAGGGCUGCAGUCUCAGUGUACAACACACUGCUAAAACAACAACAACAAACAGAUUUUAUUUACGAAACUUUUAAGGGCUGUUUUUCAGUAUAACUAAACUGUAGGAGGAAUCUUCUUGAUUUGAGAUUAGUGUGAAGUUAAUAAUUAAUGCCCAUUGAUACUGUUUUCUCUUGUUUUUGUUAUUGCAAUAGUGUGUUGUACACCUACGUACAACUUUCUGCCUUGGGAUUGACUGUUUUCUCUUGGUAUUAUGGCGUGUCAGUGUUGCGGGCUUUUAUCGAUAACUUUUUUGUGUCACAUGAACAUAAUUAUCAUGUAGUAAAUCAGACUUGCAGAACAUAACAAAACCGUAACCAAAUGCAACCCUUCAUGUAUUUGCAAGUGUUGUGUGUCUUGAGACAUAAUUUAUGUACAUGCUAUUUUUAGGGCUACAUAGGGGAAAUUGCUUUUAACUACGAACGAAAUUGUAUGUUUUGGGUGCUUCAUGCUAUAUGAAAUAAAGUUAUUUGCAAAUAAAAACGGUA